CUCCUCUUGAAACUCUCUUCUCUCGCAACCAUGUUACCAAUGCAGGAUGAUCGUAAUGUGAACGAAAAAACCAUAUCGCCGCAUUUCAACCGUACUUCGAUACUUCAUCCCACUUUAAUUUCUAAAAAAGCAACGGAACAAUUAUCAGACGGAAGCAGAGUAGAAUUUCAGCUAAGGAAUCAUCAUGGACCAGGAACGUAUAUCUUCGGCUUCGAUACCGGACACGGAAAAAAUCGGCAGUACAGAGUGGAGGAACGCCUAAAGGAUGGAAGCGUCAAAGGGCGAUAUGGUUUUUAUGAUGCGAAGGGAAAGCUUAGAAUUGUCAAUUAUGUCGCAGCGCCUAGCAGCGGUUAUCAAGAGCGGCAUCACGAAACUAUCAUUUCCAAGCCUGAAACCUAAUAUAUUUUAAACAUACACACAUACGCUCUCUCUCUCUCUCUCUCUCUCUCUCUCUCUCUCUCUCUCUCUCUCUCUCUCUCUCUUUCUCUACUUCUUUUUCGUUGUAUUAAGUGAUAAAUUUAUACAUAUUGGAUAUUCUAGGAUAAUCAAAAUGUCUAACGAUUACUAUAGACUUUGGGAAUCAUGUACAAUUACAUAAUUCAAGGUUGGAAAAGAAUACACGACAAGUGUAUUAAUACCUUGUACGAGUAAAUGCUAACGCCAUAUUGGGAUUAAACCGUUUAUUUAACAAUAACAAUC